ACAAACAGAUCAAUCAGAUCAUCAGGAUGGUGAUCAGCUGAUUGAUCAGUGGCCCUGCUGGUUGGGUCUCCACUCAGUCAAGAGUCUACUCUCAUCUGUAGAGACCAGAAGGACCAGUACAAGACCAAAGUGUCCCACAGGUCUCGUUAGCGCCUCAGCUUUAGUUCCAGUAGCUUUACAGGCUUCACAUCAAAGAAAGAAAAGGAAGAUGCAGCUUAUUCUGGCUGAAAGUACUAGAUUUGGCCCUGGAUCCGCUCUCUGGUCCAGAGUAGCUGUCAAAUAAGUAAAUAAUAUGAGACGAUGCAAAACGUAUGAAAACAAUCUAAAUGAUGAAAUGUUAAAAGAAAAACAAAUAAUGAACCGCAGUUAAUUGUUGAAACACAACCAGAGAUUUGCAUCUGACUUGUUAAUGGAUAACGGUUAUCGAUGAGGUAACCGACAGGUGGAUAACUCAGGUGUUUGUCUUCAACGCGUUGGACACACGGGACAGAGAGAGAGGUAGUAGAGAGACCUCCGGCAGCCACGGAGGUACUCCGGUAACGGGAGGCAUUCAGCGCUUGCAGCCGGUUUCGGUUUUUCGGUCCACCGUUCAGUGUCCACGAGUCUCCGUUUAUCAUUCAGCACUGAUCGAUCAACGAUGCCGCCGCUGCGCAGCCGUCCCGCGCGCAUCAUCACAUCCGUGUUGUCUGUGCAGUAGGAGGCUAACGGCGAGCUAACGGUACCGAGCGCGGCACCGGGCGGCUUUUCAUGUCUCUUCAUGUUUUGACGUCGUUCAGCGGAGCCAUUACCGUCACGAACCGGUCUGGACUUUACGUGGCUACCGGUCGGUGCUCCGGCAGGCUGCCCGGUUAGCUCAGCGGGGAGGAUGCAGCAGCUAGCCGCUGUUAGCUGUUUGUUUCUCGGUGUGUUAUGUGAGACGCAGCCCGUGUAGCCACAGCUAACUAACGUUAGCCUGUUAGCAUGAACGACGCGCAGCAAGAAAUGUCCCCGGACUUCGUCCUGAUGCGGCUCUUGUCUGCGGCGGAGUACGAUCGGCUGGACGAGCCUGACGCCCUGAUGUCCGGAGGCGGCGGAUUCGGCCCUGUUAAAGCCGUGCUGGGACAUCACGGCGGCGGGUUUGAUCUAGACCCCAGCGGCCCUUCGGCAGGCCUCGGCUCUUCCUCCCCGCACUACAGUUCGCCGCUCGCCGGAAAAGGCGAAAUGGACGCUGGGCUGGUGUUGACGCAGGCCCCCUCGGGCUCUGAGGCGCCGCUGUCCCCUCCGCCAACCGAGGACUUUGCCGUAGCGGCCCAGCAAUUCGUGGACUUCACAGUGCCGCAUGGCUCAGGGGGACACGGGUCCAGGGCGCAGUUGAUGGUGUUUCAGAACCUCCUGGGGUCCGGAGACCGAAUCCUGGAGUGCGGAUUGGAGCAGCCGCCCUCGGGGUUCCUCCAGGAAGAAACAGAGACACAAAGACAGCAGCUGGACUCUGGGUUGGGUACUGGUUCUGGUAGCACAACAGCUGGUCCUGGGCCUGGAGGGGGAGACGACCAGAAUUCGCACUGCAUCCCCUCUGCAGAGGAAAAGCUGCAGCCACAGCAACCGCAGCUGCUCCAGUGGCAUCCGGUCCUCACACUGUCAAAAGGGUCAGACGCGUCCCAGACUUCCCAGCAGGGGGUCCCUUCUUUGGACUCUGAAUCCAGGUCUGUCAUGUGCCACAGGCACCGCCUGCUGACAGACCGACUGACUAAAUGGCCUCCAGGCCUUUUGGACCAAGCUCUGCGCCUGGGUCUGCUGGAUCCAAGAAAGAACUGCUCUAGUGGGAAUGAGGACCCGGUUAUAUCUCUGGCUCAGAGGUUGGGGCAGCUGGGUGAAGGCAGUGCGGGAGGUGGAGGGGGGGAGCUCAUGCUCUCACUCCCUCGGUGCUCCUGUCACAGCGUCCUGGCCUCAGGAGCCGGUGGCAUGGGGCCCGGCGAGGAUCCAAGCGAGACCAGUGAUGCUUUGCUGGUUCUGGAAGGUCUUGGUUCUGAGGAGGUGGGAAGACUGGAGGAGGGAGGGGACAAGGAUAGAGGGAACAUGGGGGACCCUGACAAAGGAGGGAGGAUAGGUGGAGGGGCUGUGUCCAGAGGGGCGGGGCCUGUGUUUUCUAGUGGAACUUUGAGCGGUCUGAUGCGGCAGGUCCACAGACUUGCAGAGGAGGCAGGGGUCUGCACCGAUCAGAACUGCCGGUCAUCGCUGGCCAUCCUGGGGGCCGCGGUGUCCCUUGCACCCUGCGUGGACCCCCAUCCCACCAUCAGCACCACCCAUUGCCUGUAUGCCCCUGUUCGCUCUCAGGCCCCACAGGUCUCAGCAGCCCUCAGCGGCCUCCAGGUCUGCACUGAUCCCUUCCCAUCCUCCAGCCCCCACCCUUGCCCUCACCCACAGCAUCAGCACCAGUCCCGCUCCCAGCCUCAGAGCCGCGCCACCACCCCCAAGCUUGGCGUGACCUCGGGGGCAGCUGGCCGGUCUGCCUCCCCCUUGGUGGUCCUGGAGGGGGAGGUGGGAGGUGGCGGAGGAGGGCGGGGGGGGGAGAAGACACCACAGGCAAAGUCGAGAAAGGGAGGGUCCCUGGAGGUCCGGCUCCGCAAACUCGUCCUGGCCUCAGGAGCCGGUGGCAUGGGGCCCGGCGAGGAUCCAAGCGAGACCAGUGAUGCUUUGCUGGUUCUGGAAGGUCUUGGUUCUGAGGAGGUGGGAAGACUGGAGGAGGGAGGGGACAAGGAUAGAGGGAACAUGGGGGACCCUGACAAAGGAGGGAGGAUAGGUGGAGGGGCUGUGUCCAGAGGGGCGGGGCCUGUGUUUUCUAGUGGAACUUUGAGCGGUCGGAUGCGGCAGGUCCACAGACUUGCAGAGGAGGCAGGGGUCUGCACCGAUCAGAACUGCCGGUCAUCGCUGGCCAUCCUGGGGGCCGCGGUGUCCCUUGCACCCUGCGUGGACCCCCAUCCCACCAUCAGCACCACCCAUUGCCUGUAUGCCCCUGUUCGCUCUCAGGCCCCACAGGUCUCAGCAGCCCUCAGCGGCCUCCAGGUCUGCACUGAUCCCUUCCCAUCCUCCAGCCCCCACCCUUGCCCUCACCCACAGCAUCAGCACCAGUCCCGCUCCCAGCCUCAGAGCCGCGCCACCACCCCCAAGCUUGGCGUGACCUCGGGGGCAGCUGGCCGGUCUGCCUCCCCCUUGGUGGUCCUGGAGGGGGAGGUGGGAGGUGGCGGAGGAGGGCGGGGGGGGGAGAAGACACCACAGGCAAAGUCGAGAAAAGGAGGGUCCCUGAAGGUCCGGCUCAGCAAGCUGUUCAGAACCAAGAGCUCCAACGGGGGAUCAGGGGGGCUUCUGGACAAGAGGCCAUCUCUGGCAUCAUCCACCUCUUCUGGGGGGAGUCUGCUGGAUGUGUGGGGGUCCACCUGCAGCAGCAUGGAGCAGGACAGCAGCAGGCUGCAGGUGUCCAGGCCUCACAGCGCCUUCUCUCCGGUGUCCUUCACUCCUGCUUUCACCGGUGAGACGGUGUCUCUGGUUGAUGUGGAUAUUUCUCGGAGAGGGGGGAACUCUCUUCACCCCCCGACUCCUCCUCCCCCGCCCAGACGGAGCCUCAGUCUGCUCGAUGAUUUCGGCGGCCCUCCUCAGCAGCAGGGUCCCUUCAUGGAGCGCAGUGCGGGGGCGUCCAUGCAGUCUCUGCCCCCCCAUCCGCUGGCCCUGCCCCCCUCGCUCAGCACCAUCCAGCACAGCUUGAGCCUCAAUGGGUUACCAAGGCCGGUCCCUCUGCGUCCCAAUGGCCACCACCCCCCGCCGCGACUCGCCCCCCGCUGCCCCCUCGGACGACCGGAUGCCAGCAACUUCGCCACUAGCCUCAGAGAGCUGGAGAAGUGCGGCUGGUACUGGGGUCCCAUGAACUGGGAGGACGCAGAGAUGAAGCUGAAGGGGAAACCAGACGGAUCGUUUCUGGUUCGGGACAGUUCGGACCCACGAUACAUCCUGAGUCUGAGCUUCAGGUCACAGGGAGUCACGCACCACACUCGCAUGGAGCACUACAGAGGAACCUUCAGUCUGUGGUGUCAUCCCAAGUUUGAGGACCGCUGCCACUCUGUGGUGGAGUUCAUAGAAAGAGCCAUCAUGCACUCCAAGAAUGGGAAGUUCCUCUACUUCCUGCGCUCCAGAGUCCCAGGUAACGGCCGACGGCUCACCUCUCACUCAUGUUACCUGUCUCAUCUCUGUCGCUUCUGCAUCAGACAGCUGGUCCGCAUAGACCACAUCCAGGAGCUGCCGCUACCCACGCCUCUGAUCGCCUACCUGAGGAAGUUUUACUACUACGACCCCGAGGAGGAGAUCAGCCCAAUGCUGCAGGACAGGGUAGCGGAGAAGAGCAGCCAGCCGCGGGUUGAGUCCCAAACGUAGCACUGGAACUCGAGAGAUGACGUGAGUGUGUCAGCACGGGGUGAACGUAGAGACGGGACUAUCAGUAAUUACAUUUUUACAUCUAAAACUGUCUGGAGUAGUUGUCAAUACAGCACAGCUGGUCUGGGAGAGAGCCCCCUGUGAGGUAUCUGCUCAUACACCUUCAGUAGCCAGAGACCUUGAAGGACCCCUGACGUCUUAGCUUUAGCUUUCAUUUGACGCCGGGCUGGAACAUGAGUCAAGUUUUAUUUUCAGUUUUGGUUUCCAGCUAUUAUGAAAACAAGAUAAUCGAGAUAAAACGGUUAUUGUGCCACAUUCAGUUUUGCAACAAAGCUCGUUUUGCCUUGUGUUAUACAUCCGCUGCACCCUUUCCUUUACAUGUGCUCUUUCUCCACCCUUACAGCUUUAAAGUCCUGAAUUCCAGAAGUAAUAAAAACCCGUUUCCUCUUUUCUUUUCCCUCCAGUUCUUUUGUUUUCUUCUGAUUUUGGUACAAGCUCACGGAAGGACACUCAAACAUUCAAACUGGACUUGCAGGCUGCAGCCAAUCGGCUCCCUCUGCUCAGUCCUGUAUCCAAGCGGGUUUCAGAUGAUCCACCCUCUUCCAGGCUCUCUGUAUGGCUCGCAGGGAGUCAGCGGGGGAGGAACAGGGGAUGCGGAGACUCCGCCUCUCUCUGAUGUCACCACUGAGCAGCAGGGCUACAGGAAGCAUCAGCGCUAGCAACGACGCCAAAAUGUCUACAAGGAAAAACACAGAGCGUCGGUCCAGUCGCCUCUAGGAUCCUUUAACUUCCAACACUGAAAACGGAAUAUUCAGAGAGUACGGAACACCGCUGCAAGUCUGUCCCAGUUCACAGGUUGGAACUGGAACUCACAGUCCAGCAAAAGAUCAGUUGAACAGGUGUCCAAUGCCAUAGUCUAAGAUCCCAGAAUGUUUACACUGUGCUCUUCAUGACAAAGUUGAAGCCAGGGAUUAUAUCCUCAAAGACUCACCGAGCAGCUGGCAAAAUCAUCUCACCACAAGGCCCUUACAGCUUUAAAGUCCUGAAUUCCAGAAGUAAUAAAAACCCGUUUCCUCUUUUCUUUUCCCUCCAUGACAGCAGGUGACAGUUACUAGAAACUUCCUGCACAUUUGGGUCAGAAGCUAAAAGAACCAAAACUCUGGUCCACUUUAGUCCUUUGUUGUACUCUAAUCGGUAUUUACACAGACUUCGUCCAUGGCAAUGAUGAACAACAAAGUCCUGAGCAUCUACAGCUCCAUAUCCACGGAGCAGACUGCCUGCUGAAGAUCAAGCUUCAGGAUCGAAAGCUCCAGAACUAACUGAAGCUUGUGCUGAGAUUGUUUUGUCAGCUGCUAUUUCUCACGUGAACAAAGACUUCUGUCAUGUCUCGCCGAGCAGUUUUCAGGCCCUCACUGAACCAGCAGCUACUUCCUGUUCAGCUCUUUGAUGGACUGAAUCACUGUUACACAACACAUAGUGUGUGUGUUUCCACAGUGUUUCAGCCCAGAAUAUUUAUCACCUGCUAAAACCGUUUCAGUGUGAACUCUGUGCUGCCCAGUUCCAGCAAGUCCCCACAGAGUGUUUGGGUGGUGACUGGAAGAGCUGAGUGUGAGCCAAGUGAACCAGAUGCAAAGCAGGUCGGCAGAGCCACAAAGAGACGAGAUCAAAACAGGAUCAGUUGGGUCCUGCUAGUUAGCAUUAGCCAACAUAUGUCGUUGGUACGUAAGCAUUUUGUUAGCUGAACUGAGCUUGCCUCCAUUGUAGGUUUUAUUUCUGACUAAUUUGUUACCAUGCAGUGUUUUAGGCAGGUCCAUAUGAUUUAGAGAGAGCCAGUGAAUGGAUGGUAUUUACACGUCGGGAGCUUUCAGUCACAGAAACUCCCACAUCUUUUUAUUUGUUUAGUGCCAAGGCAGAUGCUGUCUUUAGACACAUCUCAAUAUGUUUUCUCACAGAGUUAGUGGAAUAAAGGAUGAGGUCAGAUCAAAUCGGUUUGUCCAAGCAGGUCUAAAGUCAGUUUAAUGCCGAAGGUGGGAUGAGCACCCUGAGAGAGACAGAGAACUGCUGAGGGCCUAAUCUCACUGAGUAGUCGCACCCUAAAGUGGCACUGACUGUUGGGUUGUCAUGCUUCAGUCGCUGUGACGUUGGACAGAGGCUGGUGAGCACUGAAACAGACGGGCCUUUAGCCUGGGAGAUGUCCAUGAGUGAUGGGUACAGUCAGACAAAAUAUCUUCAGGCUGGGUUUGGGUCUGAACACUGGUUUGGACUGGUUUGGGUGCCAUGCAGAACUCGACUCUGUAGUCUGACAUUUGAACCCUGAGGAUAAAACAAACCUAAGAAAAUUAAUUUGUCUAUUUUUGAAAGUACUGGGUCGUGAUUUGAACAAGAAAGAGGAAUAAACAAUGACAAACCGAGGAACAGAUAGAUGAGACUUUCCUGUGGUAGAAAUUGGUUACGGCUCACUCCUGCUUUUUCAUUUUGUUUGCCAAGGAUUUGUGAUAUAAUUGUAGGAAAAAUCGCUGUACAACAAAGAAAUGGCAUCGCUCCCCCGCUGGUAGGAAGUCUGGGAUCCCUGAGGCGACUGGCCACACUGACUGCUGAAGAAGACGGCGGCUUACCGUGACGACUACUGAACUACGGUGUGAUGAUCUGGGUGUUUCACUGGAACGAGCUGGUGUUUGGAAGGACUAAAUUUAACUCAGACACUGGGAACACUGGAGCUGGGAGCUGAUCGCCCUGUGGGGACACUUCCAUGAUGUCAAAACAGUGAAAUAAGUGUAACCACUGCACAAUGAAGGACUACAGACCUGCUGAGGCCUGAAAGACAAGAUGUGAAGCUUAUUUCAUUGAAGUGGUGAUCUGUCAUCUUUGGUGCAAAGCAGUCAUUUUUGUGCAGUCACCUGUCAAUAAAACAGUGUGGGCGGGACUUA